AUGAUCUACGUCCCCUUUGCAGUCGGCGCGGGCGCGUUCUCUGUCCUGAACGCCUGCGGCUCGAUUGGGUGCUGGUACGGCAGCCGACGUCGGGUCAUGCUUUUAACCGGCGCCAUCAACACAUGCAUCGGCGGCGCGGCUGUCGUCAUGUAUCCGUACGACGCAAAGCUGUCCAACGUAUAUAUGUGCGCUGCAUCUACGUCCGCGUCCGCGCAGUACGUUCUCCACGCCAUACGGACCCCUCAGCUACUUGCGCCGUCAAUGAUAAACUUUCUGUACGCGCUCUGGUCGGUGGGACUUCUCGUGUACGCGUGCCAGCGUGCGCGUUGGGUGUACGCGCUGCGGUACGACUGA